AUCUGUGGAAGCUGUCAAAUAUCUGCCAACUGUCAAAAAACUCAAUUGUGUCAAAAGCACCUGAUUAUAAAUCCAAUACAAACCAAUGGAUUUUAAUUAAUAAAUUCACGUUGUGUUAUCGAGCCUGUAGUUAAAUGUUAACAAUUUCCGCCAACAACCAUUGUUAAUUCCUUCCAGGAAUGGCAUACAGACGCUUAUUUUACAUUGUUUUCCUUCUUGUGAUACUCUUACCACGGGAUUUUUGUUAUCCGGGGUCGAAGAAUUUACGCCCGUUAUGUCCAAGGUUGUAUGAAAGAACGUUUCAUGGGUUCGUGCCCCAAGGCAAUCUCACGGCAGGUACAUUCAAGGAGAUUGAAGGUGUUAGCAAGUUGAAAGAUUGUGUCCUUAAAUGUUGUCUGCAGAAACAGUGCAAUGUUGCGUUUAUGACCGAUGAGAAAUGUUAUCAUAUCACUUGUGCUAGUGACGAAUUGUGCAAACCUGUGUUGAGUUUAAAUCCUGACUCAAAGGACCGCGUUUCGAUGGUUCUUGUGAAGCCGACUGACGAGGAUUCGUGGCAGGAUGUUUUGGCUCAAGAUUUUUCGACUGAACAUUUGGACCGGGAAGUUUACAACGUGUUGAACGACAAGAGAAGACUGCAGGACAUCUACAAAGAUCUAGUAAUGGACGAAUCCACUUAUAAUUAUGAUCUCAGCUGUGAAGUGGGUACAGAUAAUGGAUGUGCCCCUAAUGAAAUUUGCGUCCAAAAUUACCCAAAAUCGCGUGCUGGAACGUGCACUUGCAAACCGCGAUUUAUUCGAAACCAUUCCGGUGAUUGUGUUCUUCUCGACCUAAAAGAUAUGGGAUCACACAGCAGUGAAAUCAUGACUGAGCGAAUCUUAGAUCUUGCAAAUAAGUCGGCUCCUGUCACUCGUAAACACUUAUCAGUGAGUGCCGAAAACAAAAUUGUGAAAUUGCCAGAUAAUGAAGUAACUUUGAUCGCCAAUGUCUCGCCGGAUGAUUCGAACGAGGACGAAAAAUAUCAGUACGAAUGGACGUCGUUACAACAACCAGAUGGCAGCACUGCGGUUAAGCAUCAAAAUGGCGGGCAACUUCAGUUGUCAAAGUUGGCAGAAGGAUUGUAUACUUUUAAAGUCAGCGUUUCGAAUUCGUUUGCUUAUGGCGAAACGUUUGUCAAUGUGACAGUCUUACCACCUUCACGGAUUAAUAAACCGCCACAAAUUGUUAUUACGCCAGCUAAUCAAGUUAUUAAGUUGCCAAAUAAUGCGGCUGUUUUGGAUGCUUCAACAUCGACUGAUGAUGAUGGGAUCGUGUCGUGGCACUGGGAGCUGCAACAAGGACCGUUAGGUUAUCAACCGGAGCUCAAAGACACAGCGACUUUACAGUUGAACGAUUUGAAAAAACCUGGGAAUUACACGUUCAAGUUAACAGUAACAGAUACAGACAAGGCUACCAGCUCCGCUACAGCCAACGUAACAGUCUUAAAAUUCACCGAUUAUCCACCAGAUGCAAACGCUGGUGAAGAUAAAAUUAUCUAUUUGCCGCACAACAACAUAACAUUAAACGGCAAUCUCAGCACCGAUGAUCAUGCAAUCACGACUUGGGAAUGGACAAAAAGUCCCGACGAUGCUCAAAAAGCUGUUGAUAUGCAAGAUACGAGAACCCCUUAUCUUCAACUAUCAAAUUUAGAGGAAGGAAUGUAUACGUUUUCUUUAAAGGUGACCGAUAGUGCGGGCCAAAGCAGUACAGCUCAAGUUCAUGUUUUUGUGAAACCUCCAACUAAUAAACCUCCAAUUGCUGAAGCUGGAAGCAAUAUAACGAUUAGUUUGCCUCAGACUUGGGUUGUUUUGGAUGCUACGAAUAGUUCAGAUGAUAAUAAAAUUACUGCUUUUAAAUGGGAACAAGUUGAGGGACCUUCAAAAGUCGAAUUUGCCAACAGUAGUUUGAGUAAAACAAAUGUUACGGGACUAACGAAGGGAAGCUACAUAUUUAAAGUCAGCGUUACGGAUGAUAAUAACAAUGUUGCCAGCGAUACUGUAACGGUCACUGUGAAUCAGAAUGUCAAUCAGAAGCCCAAAGCUAACGCCGGCGGAGACUUUGAAGUCGAAUUGCCCCUCAAUGCCGUCUUAGUCAACGGUUCAAAAUCAAAAGAUGAUUGGGCCAUAGUUAAAUGGAAAUGGACCCGCGACGAUAAAUCCCUUGCCAUAGGAAACGUAGCUGAAAAAUCUGACGAAUCACCGAUUCUAAUUUUAACAGACGUUAUCGCCGGGAAAUACAUCUUCAACUUGACCGUGUUCGAUGAACAAGGUCUUAGCGAUACAGACACUGUUACAUUCACCGUCAAAAAUGACCCAAAACUUCUCAACCUCGUCGAAAUCACCAUCGACAUAAACGCCAAACACCUCUCACAAGCCCAAUACAACACUCUCACCGGAAAACUCGCACUUCUUGUUAUCGACGGUUCGAAGUUAAAAGUGCGAAACGUUAAACCCGAAGUGGGUUCCGGCAAAGCAAUGAUUAUUUUCUAUGUGGAAACACCCGAUGGCACUGCAUAUCCGGCAAAUGAUAUCGUGCAACAUCUCAGGGAGAAGUUGCGAGUUGAUGCGGGACUUUUGGGUUUUUCGGUGACCAAGUUGCAGACGGCAAUUUGUCAGAACAAUUGCUCAGGGCAUGGUGUUUGUAACGAGCAGACGAGGAAAUGUGAAUGCGAAGCGUUUUGGAUGCAGGAUUUGUUUAAAGUUUAUUUGAAAACUGAUGAGGAUUCGGAUUGUAGUUGGAGUAUUUUGUAUGUUGUUUUGGGGGUUGUUUGUACUGUUUUGGCCUUCUUUGGGGCGAUGUGGGGUUUGGUGUAUCUAUGCUACAAUUGGUGUUCGAGGAGGUGGACGGGCUCGAAGCCUACGACGUACAAGUUGAUUGAAGACUUACCUCCACUUGUACCACGGAAAGGCAAUUUAUCCGACAGCGACACCGAUUCCGACGUAGUUUUCGAAUCAAGAUCGAAGAAUUCUCGAUUUAGUGACUCAAGAAACGGCCAUAAACCGAGUCGAAACGGCUUUAUCAAAGGAGGGCGUAGGGUUAAGACGUAGGCGAAUCUACAAGAGCACAACUCUUUCCUUACCCCGUGCCUAAUUACUUAAAUAGGGUGUUUGUAUGUGUGUUUGAUGGAAAUGUAUCAAAUAACUGUUGUAUUAUCUGCAAGUGUUAAACACUUUUUUUUCUAUCAGGCUGUAAUCAAGUUACCUAUACACUUUAUUUAUUUUUUUCUUUUCCACUUUAAUUGGGGUUGUGGGAUCUGUUUUAACAUUUUUUAAUUGAUUUAACGGGGUUUUAUUUAUUGUUAUACAUAGUUUAUAACUAUGCUUAGAUGUGUGUAGAGGAGGUAAAUUAGUCAGUGAUGUAGUGUAAUUUGCACUUUUUCAAAGGAAGUCAGUCAGAUUUUUGUGAUAUGAUUAAAAAGUAUUUUAAGUAAGUUUCUUCUAUCACCUUUAAAAGGAUUUAUUUGAUAUUUCCAAGUGAUUAUUUUGUAUAUUGUAACAUAAAUUGAAAAAUUUCGUUAUUUUUUAUUCUGAAAAAAUAAAAUGCAGGUUUAUUGAG